GCUCUGCUCGGGCCAAUCAGACGCGGAAAGGGGGCGGGAGCGUAUGCGGGUGGGUAGCAACAGUUGCCCGGGUGAGGACGAAGCGCCAUAGCCACGGUAGUCCUGGCGACAAGAACCCAGCAACGAGAAUCAACAACAACAGCCCGAUUCAGUGAAACAAUAAAAAUCAGAAAUCUCGCUGGAUAAUCCGCUCGGACUGAAAGCUUAUAACCUCAACCAUCUUCAUGACAACUCCAGCCUAUGUGGGGGAGCUGCAACAGGCCUCCCAGCCUCAAGGGGGCAGUGUAACCGUAGCACCAGGGCAGCCUGCUCCUGUUGCUCCCACGGCACCUCAGCAGUUCCUUGCAGAGCUGCAGACCACAGUGGUGACCGGACCAGCACCGACGCCCACCGGCCAGGCCACACCUCCUCCCACAGCGGUCCAGAAAACUCAAGCAGUAGUCCAGACCCCACCCUCUCAAGCUCCGCCCACACAGACUCAGUAUGUCACAGCAGAGAUUCAGAGUUCACCCACACAGUCCAGCAAUGCCCAAAGCACACCGCAGUACAUCGUGGUUACAGUUACAGAGGGCUCCCUCCAUUCCAGUGACUCGGUUUCAGAUUCCAGUCCUCCUCCUACAGUGGUGCAGACCGGAGUUCCCACUCAGGUGGUGCAACAGGUGCAGGCAGCCCAGCAGAGGUCGGUGGUCCAAGCCACAUCUCAGCAAACCAAGACUGAACAGAGCACCCAACUGAGCGUCACCAGCUUACAGCCUGUACAUUUGACUCAGGAGAGUUAUAGUGUACAGCCAGGGGAGGAGAAACCGAGGAAGAGGAGUAGGGAGAGUGAGAGAGAGAUAGCCGAGUGGUUGGAGCACAGGGCGGCAGCAGCAGCGAUAGCAUACAGAUAUGUAGACUCUUACAGAGGUGGCAUCUCCCACUUGGCUAGCAAAGCAGACCCCACACCGGACUACCCGACAGUGUCCUCCUACUACUCCUACUCACUGCCUGUGGCCUACCAGCCAUACACCACCUAUUCUGUCCCAGUUAUCACUUUGGGCUGGGAGUCAGAGCAGCCCCUGUACUCAGCUGUCUCCGCAGUGGACGUAGACAAGUCCUUCCUGUACGAAACUGCUUCCAGCCAUGCACAGCUUCAGCAGGUGCCGGUGCAGCAUGUCUAUGCUAACCAGGUUCAGUAUGUGGAAGGAGACACUAACUACACUACCAGCACCAUUCGCUCCAGCAGUUUCCCCUACACAGAUGCCCCUCUGUACACCCAGACCACUGGCGCCCAGUACUACGAGACCACCUCCGCCUCUGGCUCCCAGGCCCCCUCUCCCGGCACCCCUCUGACCGUCGCAGUAACCACGGGCUCCACCGGUGUCUCCAUGUUUGUUGCCGGGACGGGUCAGAUUGUGGCUAACCCCACGCCGGGUGCCGGAGGCGGAGCCACGGCAGUGAUCGCAACCUCGGGGACUGCGGCUAACGGCUCUGGGGAAGAAGGGGGUGGAGCUAACGGAAGCAGCGGUAGCUACGUGAUCCAGGGAGGCUACAUGCUAAGUGGCAGUGGUGGCGCCAGCAGCAGCAACAGCGGGAACGGUCAGGGUUACUCACACAACGCCCGGGCGUCCCCGGCCACCGUGAGUAUUAGCGAGGGAGAGGAGAAUAGCGUGCCGUCGGCAGACAAGAAGCUGUCCUCUGGCCCUCAGGUACAGUGGUUGUUGGAUAAUUAUGAGACAGCGGAGGGUGUGAGUCUGCCGCGCUCCACCCUCUACUGCCACUACCUGCUGCACUGCCAGGAGCAAAAGCUGGAGCCGGUUAACGCUGCAUCCUUCGGCAAGCUCAUCCGCUCCGUCUUCAUGGGCCUGAAGACGCGGCGCCUGGGCACCCGAGGGAACUCUAAAUACCACUACUAUGGGCUGAGGAUUAAAGCCGGCUCCUCUCUGCUCCGGCUGAUGGAAGACCAACAGCAUCUGGCCAUGAGACAGCAGCCCUUCUCACAGAAGCAGAGGUUGAAGCCGGUGCAGAAAGUGGAGGGAAUGACUAAUGGGAUGUCGUCAGGAGCAGGACAGCAGCAGCAGCAACAGGGAUCAGGCCUUUCAGACAUCAGUGCUCAGGUGCAGCAGUACCAGCAGUUUCUGGACGCGUCCCGUGCCCUCCCAGAGUUCCCCGAUAUCGACCUGCAGGGGAAACCUUUGCCAGAAGGUAUCGAGCUGGAGCAUAUUAAGAGCUUUCAACUGCUCUACAGAGAGCACUGCGAGGCUAUUCUGGACGUGAUGGUGAACCUGCAGUUCACGCUGGUGGAGACACUGUGGAAAACCUUCUGGAGGUUCAGCGAGAGCCAGGCUGGAGACACAGCCACGCUGGCAGUUCACGAUGAGUCAGAGAAGCGGCUGCCCAAGUCGUGCCUGGUGCUGCUGUGUAAAUACGACCCAGCGCUGCUCUGGAGCCGGGACUGCGACAACACGCUGUACCAGGGCCUGGUGGAGAUCCUCAUACCAGACGUACUGAGACCCAUACCCAGUGCCUUAACUCAAGCCAUCCGUAACUUUGCCAAGAGUUUGGAGAGCUGGCUCACUAACGCCAUGAUGAACAUUCCUGAGGAGAUGGUCCGCAUCAAGGUGACGAGUGCGAAUGCCUUUGCGCAGACCCUCCGCAGGUACACCUCCCUAAACCAUCUGGCUCAGGCCGCCCGCGCUGUGCUGCAGAACACCGCACAGAUCAACCAGAUGCUCAGCGACCUCAACAGAGUUGACUUCGCUAACGUGCAGGAACAGGCUUCUUGGGUGUGUAGAUGUGAGGACCGGGUGGUGCAGCGCUUGGAGCAGGACUUUAAGCUGACCCUCCAGCAGCAGAACUCUCUGGAGCAGUGGGCAGCCUGGCUGGACGGCGUGGUCUCGCAGGUUCUAAAGCCCUACCAGGCCAGCUCGGCCUUCCCCAAGGCCGCCAAACUUUUUCUGCUCAGGUGGAGCUUCUACAGCUCUAUGGUGAUCAGAGAUCUGACACUGCGCAGUGCAGCGAGUUUUGGCUCGUUUCAUCUGAUCCGUCUGCUGUACGACGAGUACAUGUACUACCUUAUAGAGCACAGGGUGGCCCAGGCGAAAGGUGAAACCCCCAUCGCUGUGAUGGGAGAGUUUGCGAGCCUUGGCCGCAGUCUGAAUUCACUGGAUCCUGAUAAAGAAGAGGAAGAGGAGGAGGAAGAAGAGAGUGAGGAUGAGUGUCAAGAUUUGGUGCUGCCUGCUGAUGCUCCUCUGGGGGAGGAGUCUCUGGAACCUCCGGCCAAGCUAGCCAGAACCGACCAGAGAGUGCUGUUCAGCACGGGCAACGCAGAGAACUGAGAACACACACGUUUCACUACGCACACACACAUUUCACUACACACACACACACAACUCACUCUCACAUCAGACUGAUACUGUGUACUGUUUGUGCACACAUAGUGUAAUGGAAAAAUAUGCUGCAGUCUACACAAGCCCACUGUUUUCACACACGCACAUACAUAUAUAUAAACACACACACACUGAAACAGAAGCACAUAAGGUACACUUCCCCUGCCAGCAACACACACACACACGCACAAACAUAUGUCGAUACAAGGCGAGUUGAUGUGAAAUUAAUCAGAAUCCUGAACUGUAUUAAUGCAAACACUUUCACAAGCUCUCUCUCACACACACAUGCACACACCCUGUCUCACUCACAGAUACACACACAACAUGAGAAAUUGUGUGUGUUCUAGUCAGUCCAGCAGCAGCAGAGAUGCUCUGCCUCUUUUGUAUUGCCCUCUUGGCACUGGCACACAGAGCUGUGGCAGGAAAAACGACGACAUCAACACUGGAAACACUGGAAUCCUGAGGUUUUCUGAAGGACAGCACUGGGCUGAGUGGCCCCACGAGGUUUUGUGGACUUCAGUCAAACUCCUGUGGCCCAUUGAGGGACCAAACUGUUACACAUGGGAGACUGGCUGGCUGUAGAUUGGCUGCAAGUGUGUGUGUAUAAGUGUGCGUGCGUGUGUGUCAGUGUGUGUGUGUGUUUUACGUAUCGUUCGCGGCCGCCCCGCUGUGUGUUGUCAGUGUGUUUUUGGGUGCACUGGGGCCUGCCGCUCUGAUUUUAUCAGUCUGAGUGAACAUAUGUGCGUGCUUUUUGUGUCUUUGUGUGCUAGCAAAAAUGUGUGUUUGUGCGUGUGAGUGAAAGUGAGUGAGUGAGUGAAAGUGUAUAUAUGUGUGUGUAUGUGGUUCUCAAGAAGUGUUGAUAGUUGUUUAUGUUGGUGGAUAUUUUCAAAGGCAUCCAUUUCUCACAAUUUUCUUUGAUCUACUUCCCUUUACCUUCAUUAAAACAACACUACUACUGUGUGCUCCGCCCCCUUUUGGGAGAAGGAAGUAGUUUCUGCUGUUUAUCAGAAUAGGAAUGAUUUUUUUUUCCUCUGGCAUGUCACUUUAAAUAUUUUUUGCCUUAAUUUUUCCUUUAUUUUCCGUAUUUCCAUUUUAUUUUUUCUAAAAUUUUCUGGUUUUUUUUUUUGUUUUUUUUUUUAUAUUGUAUUUCAGCAUUUUCAGUUGUUUUUGACAAUACUACUUUUUCAUUGUUUUGUUCUGUAUUGUUCUGGAGUGUCACAGAUUUUAUUUUCAUUUUGUUUUCAACUUUUUUUCUUCUGCCUUAUUUUUCUUCCAUUUUCUGUACUUUUGUUGUCCGUUUUUUUUUUUUUUAACAUUACAAUAUUUCUGUCAUUUUGUUAUGAAGUGUCAGGCCAAACAUGGAAUGGCUCAGAUUUCAUCCAACCUUUUCCCUCUGGAAAGUCACCUUAUUUAUUUUUAAAUUCUCUUCUGCCUUAUUUUUUUCUGCAUUGUCCGUAUUUCCAUAUUUCAGUUUUUUUUUAAUGUUAUUUAUUUUAUUUUUCUGCACUUCUAUUUUUAAAAUUGUGUACUGUAUUCCUUCUUUUUGUUUUGGAGUGUCAGGCCAAAUAUGGCAUAGCUUUAUUUUAUCCAACUUUUCCCAUCUGGAAAGUCACUUUAAUUUUGUUUAACUAUCAUAUUUUUUAGGGACAUUAGGAGCAUUUGUUUUGUAUCUUUUCAAAUUGGAUUUUUCCUCUACUGCCUUAUUUUUUCUUAGUUUUGUAUUGUCCGUAGUUCCUUUGUUUUAGGGAAUUACUGUGUUUGUCAUUUCAUUCUGCUGUGGCUCCUCAAAUUUCAUCCAGCUUUUCCAUAAUUUUUCGCUGCAGAUUUUUUUUUUUAAUACAGACAAACAAAGUGAUCCUGUUCUCUGUGAUAGAAUGGAUUCGCAGUGUUUCGUGCACAUGUAAUGGUUUGUUGUGUAUUCGGUUCUGACCCAUGCUCUUUCUCUUUAAUUCCCAAAACUGCCUACACUCAAUCUCUUUGCACCCAUAUAGAGCGGGAGGGACGUUUUAAAAACAGCUAUUUUUUAUGAAAAGCUAUUUCUUUAGCUAAUGGUUUUACCUUCGUUGGAUCACAUUUGGUAUUUGAUCCUUUUCCUGUGUUGAUGUAUUGAAAUCUGUUUUCUGUAAAUUCUGGUCCGUCUCCAUCGUUUGACGGAUUUCAUACUUGCAGUUCAUUCCUCGUUCCGUUUUUUUUUUUUUUGUGCUGUGUUCAGCAUUAUUUAUUAGAGUGAACAUUUUUUGUGAGCCACUGGAGCUAGCUAGCAUUGGCCACCCUGAUGUUGACCCGUCAACGUGACACAAACCAGCAUGUAUUCUUCUUUCUCUCUCUCUCUCUCUCUUUCUUUCUCUCUCUCUGUCUAUCACUCUUUUUCUCUCUCGCUCGCUCCCUCAGAGUCUAGUGAUACAAAGACAGACAAAAACAAACAAACAAAAAAAAAAGAAUGAAGACAUAUCACACAACCUUCUGAAGAAGCCUUUCAGUACUAUAGCCAUUUUCAUAACGGAGACAAUUAACCCUUUUAAGGUCAUUUCAGUUUCUUACGAAAAACAAAGGGGGGAAAAAAAGAAGAUAAAAAAGUGAAACAAACAAAACAGAGUGGCAGUGUUUUAUGAAAUCUUCUGAACCACGAGAAUGAUUGUGCCUUUGGAGUAAUCGAAUGAAAUUCAAAUGUUUUUAAUUUAAGAUAUGAAUAAAUUAAGAAUUUCUAAAAUUG